CAAAAUUUUUGUACGACUACAAGUGAUUGACUCAUUGAAAAGUUUGAAACCGGUCAAACCACUGGGAAUUUUUCUUCUUCUGCUCCUGCAGCUCUUCUUCUUCCUCUGCCCGCUCAACGCCAUGAUUUCUCUGAGUGCCACAUCUUCACCUCUGCUCCCAGUAAAAUAUGUCCUCUUGAAACCCUCUCUUACACCGUCCCUUAAACCCCUAAACGAAUACCGACACCGCCGCUCCCGGAAAAGCCUUAAUCUGAGAAGAUUUGGAGCUGGUAAGUGCAAGGCGCAGUUAGUCAAUGAUGCGCCUAUUGCCGUAGCCAUCGGCGCUUGCAUUCUCAACUCCCUGGUAUUCCCCGUUGCUCCUUCGCCGGAUGAGGAUGAAACCGACUCGGUGAUUGACUCUGCCGAUGCCCGAUUAGCUGUCAUGGGGAUAAUUAGCUUCAUCCCAUAUUUCAAUUGGCUAAGUUGGGUCUUUGCUUGGUUGGAUACGAAGAAGAGGCGAUAUGCUGUGUAUGCUAUAGUUUAUUUGGCUCCUUACUUGAGGUCUAAUCUUUCACUGUCUCCUGAGGAUAGCUGGCUUCCAGUUGCGAGUAUUCUCUUGUGCAUCCUCCAUAUUCAGCUUGAAGUCAGUAUAAAAAAUGGAGACAUCCAGGGUUUGCAGUUUUUUAGUGAGAAUAGAAAGACAGACAGUACAACAUUUGAAGAGGAUAUAGCAACUGAUCAUAAAAAUUUGCCUUCAGCACAACGGGGAGAUGAUGAACGUAAGUGGACAGUUCGUGAAAAGCCUUCUCAAGAUCCAGGGAACUUGGAUAAAGAUAGAGAGGAUCCUAUGGGAAGCAAGCACUAAGUUAAGAUCCUAUUGAGGUGAAGUAGAAUCAACAGGGAUUGUAGUAUGUAAAUUUUUAGCAUAUUUAAACUAAUUACUUAUCAGUUAUCACAUCCAUGAGAGUUUCCUAUUUUUUGAAAGUUAAUUUACAUAUUUUGGUAUUAUUCUACAUGAACAAGUAAGCUGAAUAUGAACUCUGCCUUUUUUUAAAUAAUGGCAGGCUAGUAGGCAACUUCCUGUAAAGUAGGCAUCAAGUAAGCAGAAUAUGAACUCUUUGAAAUGAACAAUAGCAUACACAGCAUAUUAAUCUACGGUAUGGGUCCAGAUUUCGUGCCCGUUUCAUUUUGUUUCACUGGUAGUCGGAACUCGGUAGGGAUGAGGGAGGGUAGAGAGAGUGCAUAUAAAUUGUCGGAUUAUAAUGAAUAUUAAUCGCUUAGCAUUUACAUGUUCUGUAAUGUUGUACAUAUUUUAGUAGCAGAUUUGACCAUAUUAGAAUUAAUAGGCUAAAUAAAAAACCUCAUUUAAGGAAACCACACAAGAAUUAAUUAUACUUUAUAUAAGGUUGGGCGCAUUAAGCUAGUACAUUUGUAAUACAUAAUGUUAGAAUUCAAAUCAUUACCCC